AUGAUUGUGGCCGCCGUUAUCGCAUUCUGCGCCGCCUACAAAAACAGCCCCGCCGGCGAGCAGAACCAGCCAGUCGUCGUUGGCAAACGGUGCCAGCGGAGUUCGAAUCAAUUUUCGGUUUUUGAUUUAAAAAAAAAAAAAAAAAAAAUCAUGUAUUUGGAGCUAAUCGCUUUGGUCCUCACGGUCCUCUAUGUGUAUGACUACCUGCGGAAUAGGCACCACAAUAGGAUGUAUGCCGAGGCAGGAAUAACUGGUCCCAGGCGUUAUCCCCUGGUGGGCAAUGCUCCCAUGCUGCUCAACGAAUCGCCAAAGACUGUAUUCGAUCUGCAAUGGCGUCUAAUCAAGGAGUUCGGCAAGAACAUCCAGAUCCAGAUACUGGGGGAUCGUGGGUUCAUGACCGCCGAUCCCAAAAUGAUCGAGGCCAUCAUGAGCAGCCAGCAGACCAUUCAAAAGAAUAAUCUAUACGGUUUGCUGGUCAACUGGCUGGGCGAUGGAUUGCUGCUUAGCACGGGCAAGAAGUGGUUCCGUCGCCGGAAGGUAAUCACCCCCGCUUUCCACUUUAAGAUCCUGGAAGAUUUCGUGGAGGUUUUCGAUCAGCAGAGCGCCACCAUGGCCGAGAAGCUAUACGAUCGGGCUGAUGGCAAGACGGUAAUCAACAUGUUCCCGGUGGCCUGUCUGUGUGCCAUGGAUAUCAUUGCCGAAACGGCCAUGGGAGUGAAGAUCAAUGCCCAGCUGCAGCCGGACUUUCCCUAUGUCAAGUCGGUCAAGACGGCCUCUGAAAUGUUUGCCGAUCGGUUGAUGAAUCCCCUCCAGCGCUUGGAUCCCACCAUGAGGCUAUUCUAUCCGAAACUGUUUGCCAAACUGAACAGGAAUGUUAAGGCCAUGCAGGAUUUCACCAACUCGGUGAUUACGGAACGACGGGAUCUGCUCCAGAAGGCUUUGGCCGAUGGCAGUUACGAUGCCACCGCCGCCUCCCUGAUGGAAGAUGUGGGCCAGAAGCGUCGCAUGGCCCUGCUGGAUGUUUUGCUGCAAUCCACCAUCGAUGGGGCGCCGCUGACCAAUGAGGAUAUCGCCGAGGAGGUGGACACAUUUAUGUUCGAGGGUCACGACACCACCACCAGCAGCAUUGCCUUCACCUGCUAUCUGCUGUCGCGGCAUCCGGAGGUCCAGGCGCGUGUCUUUCAGGAGAUACGGGAUGUCAUUGGCGAUGACAAGUCGACGCCCGUCGACAUGAAGAUCCUGGGUGAGCUGAAGUACCUGGAGUGUGUGAUCAAGGAGUCGCUGCGUCUGUUUCCCUCGGUGCCAAUAAUCGGACGCCACAUCACCGAGGACACCGUUCUGGAUGGCAAGCUCAUACCCGCCAACUCCGAUGUUAUCAUCCUCAUUUACCACGCCCACCGCGAUCCGGACUUUUUCCCCGAGCCGGAAAAGUUUAUCCCGGAACGCUUUAGCCUGGAGCGCAAGGGAGAGAUCAAUCCAUUUGCCUACACACCGUUCUCGGCGGGGCCGAGGAACUGCAUUGGCCAGAAGUUCGCCAUGCUGGAGAUGAAGAGCACCGUCAGCAAGAUGCUGCGCCACUUUGAGCUGCUGCCUUUGGGUGCUGAGGUCAAGCCAGUGCUGAAUCUUAUCUUGCGCUCCACCACGGGUAUUAACGUUGGCAUCAAGCCGCGGGUCUAUUGAACCGGCUUCUUCUGGGUUACUGGGAUUUUCUUAACUUCUUUUUUUUUUUUUUGUUUUGUUUUUUAACUUAGUUUUAAGCGGAGACCUCUGUAAAUAUUACAAUUAAAUAAUAUUUGUAUUGUGUAUAUCCAGAGAUUACCAUUAGAGGCACUUUUUGCAAAGAUCAAGGAGAGCAUUAAGUUAGGAAAGGCUUGAGUUCCUGUUAUCAAUUGACCAAAGGUUAAAGUGACGUUUAAAUCUAGUGAUUAUGAUUUCUGCGGUAAGAUUAGAGGCCCCAUUUGGAAGAUCAAGAAUAAGUUAAAGUUAGAAACGGUUCUGAGAUCCUGUUAUCAAUUGACAUCUAGUUAAAGUGCAGGUUAAAGUUAGAAAAGGUUUACACUUCCUGUUAUCACUUAACCCUCCGUUAAAGUGCCGUUUAAAUAUUAAAUUUAACUGAUCGUUAACCUAAACUCAGAGUUAAACAACUAUAAGCCCGACUAAACAUUGGUAAAUCGAUUAAUAAACAUUUAAAGUCCAAAUUGAAAGCCUUCAGGAGGGACCUUAGCUCCGAAAGAGUU